ACACAGAUUUAUCCAGAUUCGGAUCCCUCUUGUCGAGCUCUGCAUGUACAAGCGCACCGCAGCCUUCAAAGGGCUUUUAGCCAAGUAUAACAAGCUGGCGGCGGCGCACAAGGCGUUGAGGGCUGAUCGCGAGAGCCAGGCCGGGGACAAUGCUCAAGUGGCGGAGCUCCUGAAGCGCGUCACCGAGGUCCAAGAUGAGAAGACUCGGCUGGCAGAGCAGCAUCGAGAAGAAGUGACCCGGCUGCAGGCGCAGAUUGCAGCACAGGUCGAGGCGCAUCAGACCGAGGUGGGUCAACUCACCUCGGCCCUCUCUACCCAGGCCGAUGAUAAGAUCCGCCUGGAGAGCGAGGUGAAAAAGUGCAAGGGUCUAGUUGCCCAACUUGACACCCGUGCCACUGCCGCCGAGUUGGAGGAUGCCGAGAAGACCCAGCUGUUCAAGGUCGUCCGGCACGAGCUCAUCAAAAUCGACAAUAUGCUGACGAAGUUCUUCCCCCUAUCCCUCGAGAGUGCCCAGGAGGCAGUGAGGAAGGCCCGCCGAAAGAGGGAUCCAGCAGAGGCGGCAGCAGUGGUGCCGUACGAAUACGACUUGGUGGAUUACCUGGUGAGCAUUGCAAGCCGGGUCAAGCCACUGAAGUCAUUUGGCGUCAACAUGCUGAAUGCCGGCAUUUGGGCCUUUCGCGCUCUAUGGCCGGGAGAAGAAGCUCCGAUGGACAUCCGGGAGCUGGCGAAGCGCUUGCUGGAGGUGGAGUCUCGCCUGAGUGACUAGCGGGAGUCGGCCGCACGCAUCGGCGCCGACGAGGCCUUGUCGUUCGUACUGUCUUGGUACGACGGCAUCAACCUCGACGUGCUGCAGUCGAUGCGUGUCGGCUCCCCCUAUCUCACGGAUCCCGAGCUGGUCGCCAAGCGCAAGGAGCGGGCUUACUCCUUCAUCCAGUAUGCCGACGUGCAUAAGUUUGUGGAGGGCCCGACAUCUGAAGCCGAAGCCGAGAUGACCGACGGAGAUGAGGAAGAGGCAGUGGAUGAGGAGAUCGCCGUCGAGUCGGCCUCCACCGCGACGGAUGCUCCGAGUUCCGACGCCAACAACCCCUCUGUCUCUUCUUAGCUAUGUCAGAAAAAACUUAGAAUUAUCAGAUCCCCGGAAUGCCGGGUGCAAAUGUAACCAGAAUACCAUACUUUUGUUUGCCAGGCACUAUGUUUUUAAUUUAAUUAAGUCUUUUGUUUAUCGAA